CUGAAUAUUUGGUCGGAAGGAGAAUGUUUCGACCAUAUACAAUGUGAUCCAGUGAAAAUCACCUGUUAAUAUUGAAGUGAACUCUGACAUGAAGUCUGGAAAAUCUGCUGCCAACGAGAAAGCCUUUUACUCACACCAGGUAUCUUUUUGAUAUGGAUAUGAGUGAAAACAUGGAUAUGAAGUCAGAGGAGUUUUCUGACGGGAUGAACAGGAAGAAACAACAUCAAACACUGUUUGGCAGACUUCACCUCCAAGAAAAACUUGAGAGAAAGUUUUCACCAACUAAUCUAUCAAAAGUAUGUCCACCUGUGAAACAGAACGUUGACGUAGAUGAGAAAGAUGUAGCCUAUAUUUUUCUCCAGAGGUUGUGGAUGUUAGACUACAGAGCCAGAUAUAUUCCUACAAAAGAAGAAAAUCCAGAGUUAAACCAUUCAACCCCUGUUAAAGAGAAUGUCACUGAUGAUACUGAGGAUGAUGACUUAAAUGACUUGUACAGCCCCAAUGAUGACUUUGAUCGAUCUAAUCUCCAGACUCCCGUGCAUCCAAUGGAUGUUCAGAUGGCAGUGUUUCACUGCUCAGACAGCUUUUUAAAGCAGAACAUGAUUACAAAGCUCUCCCAGUGUCAGUAUGCCUUACCGUUGCUUGUUCCUGACCCAGAAACAAUGGAUAUUGAAUGUCCUCUGUGGACAUUCAGACAAAUAAGAAAAACUUGGAAGAUAACUGAAAGGAAAGGUGACUCAAACGUGGUCACCAUGAAGAGUAUGCCCAUCUGCAAAGCUGAGACACCCAUGGUCUCAUUCCUCCGCUUGGGUUCACCAUCUGUGUCUAAAUCUCAGCUGAUGAACACUUUGAUCAACGAUCGUCACAACACCUUCUUCCACAGAAACUGCCCAGGUAGCACCAAGUCUCGCCACCUGAUGGAUGGUGUUGCAGAGAUUGCCUGGUACUGCCCCGCUGGGAAACCCAACGAUGCCUUCACUGACUGCGUCGCCUUCUGUAAUCUUCAUGGUGACGCUCUGUCGUUUGAAAAACAGCGUGAAAUACUGACUGACAAAUCUUCCGUCGUUGUGGUACUCGUUGAAACUCUGGAAAAAAAUGACAAAAGCAGUGCAGUGAUCUCGGCCCUUUACAAGUGUGAAAAACCUCUCAUUUGUCUCAUUGCUGAUAGUGAUGGUGUUGAAAAGAAAAAGGGAAAAUACAAAAUGGGUUUAAACAAAAGAAGCCAGUCAGAUGUUUCUGAAGAACUGAGAGAAACUAUUGGGAAGAUUAUGUCUGGAUCUCAUUCACUCUUCCAGCUUGAAUCCAUGAAUAAAGUUUGUGGAAUCAAAGUGGAUGAAGAAGACACAGUCUGCCAAAAAGGGAAAUCUGCAGCAAUGAAAAUUGUAAACUUGCUUCAAGAGAAAGAAGUUUCAAAGAUCAAAGAUACAUAUCUCCCUUGUCAAGGUCAACUGUGGAAGGAAUGGAGCAAAAUCCACAAAGAACUGUAUCGCCUCAAAGGAAACAUUGAGGAUGACAAAGUUCAAAAGGAACAGGAACUGAUGAAAAAACGACAAGAACAAGUUAAUGUUUCUUGCAGUGAACCAAUGAAAAUGUUCAUCGAAAGCCUCUCAACUUUGUCUGGAAAUGAAAAAGAUUAUUUCUUGAAAUGGACUCAGAUCUUAAUAGAUGCCCUCUCCACAGACGAUCUCUCUUCAAUUCUCCAAACCUAUACUACAAAGUGGGCUGAGGUCUUGGCCUCGAAGAAGACGCAUGAUGAAAUUGAACUUUUGAAAAAAAAGCAAAAUGAGCUUAAUGAAAUAUCAACAAAACUACAGUCAGCAACGUUUGGCUUGGAGCACAUCUUCAGAGAAAUGGGACAGAUCUAUGAAGCCCAUAAAUCUCUGCACAAACCCACAAAGAGUGGACCAACUGACUGGUCUAAAUACCCUGAGCUGGCUGCAGAGCUGAUGAUAUCAGGACACCCAAUGGAGCUGAUGGAUGGUGAUGCAGGUCAUGCACCUCUAACAUGGAUCUCCGGUCUUUUAGAGGAAGUCAUCAACAAACUGGGUGACAAGAGAGUCUUUGUUCUGUCAGUGUUAGGCUUACAAAGCAGUGGAAAAUCAACAAUGCUGAACGCCAUAUUUGGGUUACAGUUUGCAGUGAGUGCUGGCAGGUGCACCAAGGGUGCCUUCAUGCAGCUGGCCGAAGUGUCCGAGGAGAUGAAGAAAGACUUUAAGUUUGACUACGUACUAGUGGUGGACACUGAAGGACUGCGUGCUCCUGAGUUGGAAGGUAAUGCCAAUCUUCAUCACGAUAAUGUACUGGCAACAUUUGUUGUUGGUCUGGGUAACAUGACACUGAUCAACAUCAAUGGAGAGAAUCUAGCUGAUAUGCAAGAUGUUCUGCAGAUUGUUGUUCAGGCUUUCAUGAGGAUGAAGAAGAUUAAACUUUCUCCAAGUUGUGUGUUUGUUCACCAGAAUGUUACAGAUAUUGGUGCAGCAGAGAAAAACAUGGAUGGAAACAGACGGCUGGAAGAAAAACUGGACGAAAUGGCCAAACUAGCAGCCGAAGAGGAGGUUUGUGAUGCACAGUUAUUCAGUGACGUCAUUGCAUUUGAUGUACAGAAAGAUGUGAAAUACUUUGCCCAGCUUUGGGAGGGAAGUCCACCUAUGGCUCCUCCAAAUCCAGGUUAUAGUGAGAGUGUCCAAGAGCUGAAGACCAUCAUCCUCUCCAAAGCUAAAGACUGUGCUGGGAUCACUCUGUCACAGUUCAAAAGCAAAAUUCAGGACCUGUGGAAAGCCCUGAUGAACGAACAGUUUGUUUUCAGUUUCAAAAACACACGUGAAAUUGCAGUGUACAGAAAACUUGAGGUUAAGUAUGGGAACUGGACCUGGAUACUGAGGAGCAACAUGCUGACCAUUGACAACGAGCUUCAUCCCGAAAUUAAAAAUGGAAAACGUGAAGCGGUUGAACUCACUUACCUUCAUCAAAAAUUGAACAAAACCUAUGAAGAAAUCCAAAAAGAAAUGACAAAAUACUUUGAUGAUGACAGAGAAAAAGACAUGUUGGUUCAGUGGCGAGGUCGAUUUGAAGACAAAAUCAAAGAGUUUCGUGAUGAACUAGUGAAAGGAGUGAAAAGAAAACUGGAUGAAGUCAUCCAGCAGAAAAAGGCUUGUAAAAAGCUUUAUGACAAGAAGGCAGAGUUUGAGAACAACCUGCUGCAAAAGAGCAAAGAACUCGCUCAUAAGUUAAAGGACAAGACAAGAGAUGAACAGGUACUUAAAGAGCAGUUCAACUCUGUUUGGAGUGACUUAGUUAAACAACUAACUGCAGGUACAAAACCUAUUGAGGACAUCAACUAUGACGAGGAUCAGUCAACUGUCCUUCAGGACCUGGGUUUUGAAUGGUCUCUUGUUAAUGAAUGCAAAAUUGGCAAGUACAAAACAAUGUCACAUGCUGGUGAUUAUUCUCAUUAUGUGUGUCUAUCCAAACAGUCCUCAACGGAGGGUAUCACAAAUGGGGUCAGACAGAGUGACUUUCCAAGUGAAGAACAGCCACUGAUCAGAUCCCUGAUUGACGAUGUUGAAAAACAGACCAUAAUCCAAAUCAAGCAAAGACCUGUUGCUUCAACCGGCUACAGUUUAACUUACCUGCAAGAAGCUGCCAACACUGUAAAACAAAAAGUGACUGACUUUGAAUCAAAGAAGAAAUAUGCUCUAAAGAAGGAGUUCACAGUUGAUCUCUCGCUGUAUAUAUUUGACAGAGCAUGGACCUGGAUUUCAGAAUCCCACAAGGAGUUCAAAGUGAACAAUGAUGCACAGUCUUAUGUAAACAGUAAGGAAAUGCAAUUUUACAGAGUUUUCCGAAACUUCUGCAAAGGAAGCUCAUCUGCUGUUGUGCUUGGAGAACUGAUCUGUGACAAGCUGAAGAGUGCCAUUGUCGAGGCCGUCUGUAACAAGGUCGCCAAAGAUCUAACUGAUACCAUGAAGAGCAAUUACCCAGCAUUCAAUGGGAACAGGUCAGACUUGGAGAAACACAUGUUGAAGUCACUUGCAAAGAAAGGGGACUUCAAUAGUUUUAUUAUCUACAUCCAUCAACCGAGGGACCACACAGAGACGUAUAUAAGAGAAGAAGUACAGAACUACAUCUCCACAAAAGAGGGAAAAGAGACGGGCAUGAAAAUACUCCAGAAAAAUUUGGACGACAUCCAAAAUCUUGUGAGUCUAGAUUUAUAUAAUGCAACAGAGAAAGUCAAAACCAACGGAGGAGACACAGGCAUGUGGAUGGAGGAAUUUUCCAGUUUGCUACAAGCUAAGCUAACAUUCAACAACAUCUGCUGUAAAAACUUCAGUGACUUGAACAGUUUUGACUUUCUCAAAGAAGAGAUAGAGAAAGGUCUUGGAUCCAUCGUAAAGCAGCUGAGAAGCCUCUCACUGGAUGAAAUGGACAAAUCCAGGAUGAAGCCUGAUCAAAUCCUCAUUGAUCAGCUUUGUAACUGCUGCUGGGUAAAGUGUCCAUUCUGUGCAGCUGUUUGUACCAACACACUCAAAGAUCACAGUCCUGACAAACAUAAAGUCACUUUCCAUCGCCCCUCUGGGAUUACAGGAUUUCACUGUAAAGGCACAAAGAACCUGGUCAAUGAUUUCUGUACAACAUUAGUUGCUAGUGAUGGAAGUUUCUUGCCCGGUCAUUCAGAAGUCAGCAUUCCUUAUAAAGAGUAUUACAAGGGUGGGGAGAAAUUCGCUUCAUGGGAAAUUACUCCUGAUGAGUCUAAACUGGCAUACUGGAAAUGGUUUGUCUGCAAUUUUCAAAAGCAACUGGAGGCCCACUACAACAUGAAGUUCAAGGAAAGAGGAACAAUUCCCAGUGCUUGGAAAAGUCACACAGAUCAAGAAGCUAUUGACAGUGUGGAUAAAUUGUAAAACUUCUUAGUGAAUCAGAAACAACCAAGCUCUACUCGAGUAACAGAUAGAGCCAAAUCUGUUCAAAAGAAAUACACGUUUUUUAAUUCAUUGAAAGAGUGCAGCAAUAACAGAAAUCACAAUGAAGUUGUUCCAAAAUGAAUGAAACGGUACCUGUUUAUAAUUACGUAAUCAUAAAAAUUGGGGUUUCCUGUGUAACAUUAGUACUAAACUUACCUGAAACACAGAAAACUACAUCUAACAAAUUAUUGGUUUGUUAUUAGGACGAUUUAUAUUUCUUUUAGAUGAAUAUUGAAAUGAAAGAAAAGAAGGUGUAAAAUAUUAAGGGGAUAUUUUUACAAUUGUAUUUUUUAUGUGGAAAUGACAACACUUUUUCAAAUUGUAUGCUUUUCUAAAAAUAGCUAAUCAAUGAAGAGUUCAACAGUCACUCUUCCAUCAAGAGUCAGAGCUGACAAACAAGAUUUUAAUUAUUUACAAAAUAGUGUUCACUAUUUAGCCAUUAGGUGUUCAACUUUUCUGAUGUUUUCUUGUACAAUUCUAAUUUGUGUUACUGUGUGUUGUUUGUUACGAAAUUGAUGCCAAGAGCUUUUUCUUUCUCAGAUAAGAGUGUUCACUUUCAACCUACAUUAAUUUUGUCAUAAAUAAACAUAGUUUUACUUACUGUUACCAGACAUGAUAUCCAAAAUUGUUAAUGUUGUUAUAUAACCUUAAAGGACGAAGAACCAUUAAAAGUUUAGGAUAAGAAAGACGGGGCAUAUAAAGCCAAAGUGCCUAUGUGUUUAACCUUAUAUGUAAGACCAAAGACUUUUUGAUCAAAUAUAAUUAGCCAAUAAUGGAGUACAUAUAACAGAGAUGCUCUGUAGUUUUACCUAGGCUUUAUGUAGGCAUUAUAAGAGGUAUAAAGUCAUCCUUAUUGACACACCAAUAUAUAUGCAGGUGUUCAUUGUUUUUCUUAUUUUUACUAUGUGCAUGCCAUCUAAAACUGUAUGCAAAAUAUGUGUGUAUAUGUGUUUGUAUUGAGAUAUGUUUGUGUUGCGUUAUGAGACAGAAGUGAGAGCAGUUUUGCGAAGAGAUGAGAUGCCUAAGUGCUAGCAGGACACUUGGUAGGGGUGGUUUAUGGCCUCAGAGGCUGUGAAGGUGAUUUUUCCCCUCUCCAUGCUUUUUUGGGGACUUUCUGGUAUUAUAAAGUGGACAGUUCGACCGGAGAACGGGGGUUGUUGGUGAAUUUUUGUUGGAGACAGGGAUAGAGAAGCUGUAGAUUUAAGAUCUACCUUAAUAACAAGUCCGGACUUUUGUCCACUUUUCUAGGUUCUCAACACUUUUGUUUGACAUUUUAUUAUCCUAACUCGUAAUAAUCAGAUUUUUUGUUCUGAAGUAAAUAAAACCGAGUUCGCACUGA